AUGUCCCAAGAUACGGGCCUUUGGAGCGUCCGUAGACCCAGAGAGACCCUUGGAGGUAUUAGUGUAAACAGCGCCAUUCCUCAGCCCGGUUCGACUAUGAAGCGAUCCAGCUCGAAUAUUGGCGGCUAUCCGGGCAGCCAUGUGCGCUCCAUAUCGGGAUCUAGGCAUUCCCUUGCUAUGCCGCGCCCUAGCCAGCCCAUGUUCCAACGAUCAUCCUCAGGAACAAACCUUGUAGACCUCGGUCUUUCCUCCGUAAAACGUUCCUCGUUUGCGCCGAAGUCGACAUUUACUCCCGGAACUGCAACCAAGCGAGUUUCCACUGGUGACGACCGAAGAAGCAGUGUAUAUCGACCCCGACAGUCUACUGUGCCUGCGGCUAGUCACCACCACCAGAGCUUCUUUCAAACCACCCCUGCGCCCGCUGGUGUUCCCCGCGAUCCUCGACCUUUGAAAGACCGCUCUUUCCAGGCCCGGAUUGGACAGGAGAUUAUGGAAUACAUGGUUCAACAUAACUUUGAGAUGGAAAUGAAGCACGUUCUUUCACAAAACGUCCUAAAAUCGCCGACACAAAAGGACUUUAACUAUAUGUUUCAGUGGCUUUAUCACCGCAUCGAUCCCAGUCACAAGUUUCAAAAGAAUAUCGACCAGGAGGUUCCUCCUUUGUUGAAACAGAUGCGAUAUCCAUUCGAGAGGAGUAUUACAAAGAGUCAGAUUGCUGCUGUGGGAGGACAGAACUGGAGUACAUUUCUUGGUCUGCUUCACUGGAUGAUGCAACUUGCUCAAAUGCUCGACGGUUACGUGAACUGCCAGUAUGACGAAGCUUGUAUGGAAGCUGGUAUUGAUGUCAGUGGUGACCGCAUUAUCUUCGACUUUCUCAGCAAUGGAUACCGAGACUGGCUAGCUAUGGAUGAAGACCUAGGCGAUGAAGAAGCUGAACGUGUUUUGGCGCCCCAUGUUCAAUCCAUGGCAGCUGCUUUUGAGCGAUCAAACUCCAAAUACACAUCCGAACUCGACACGCUUGAGGCAGAAAAUGCACGACUUCUCAAAGAAAUCGAAGAUCUAGAAAAGUCGACACCAGAUCCCGCAGUUCUUGAUCACCACUUCAAGAUUAUGGAAGAGGACAAGGUCAAGUUCGAGGAGUACAAUGCGCUGGCAAUGCAACGGUCCGAGAAGUACGAGAGUCGGUCUCAGGUUCUACAAGAAGAGCUCGAUAAACUUUUGGAAGAACUCCAAGAAGCCGACGAGGAGCGACGGAGCUUGCAAAAGGCGGUUGAUGCUCAAGGCAUCAGCAUGCAGGAUAUUGACCGCAUGACUGCUGAGCGGGAGCGGUUGCAAAGGGGCAUCGAGUCUGCGAGCCAGCGACUGGAAGAAGUGAAGAAGAAGGUAUCGGAGCGAGAAGUAGAGGCGAGUCGAAAACUGGACGAGUUGGAACAGAUGGUUGAUCGAUACAACACAAUGGCGUAUCAGAUCGCAUUGAUCCCCUCGACAGCAGCCAAUGCUAAGGGCAGAGAGUUUGAACUCCAAGUUAUAGUGGCAGACGACUCCGACUUUACUUCUUCUAUUAUGAAAGGCUCGCUAGGGCCAUCGUCAGCGGAUCGUCUUGUAGCUGAUUCUACCACCGGACAUCAGGCAGGCCACAUUCUCAAUUUGGACCUUCGGGGUAAAAUUCGCAACAGCUUCAUUUCGCUUCGAAAGGAAAUUUCCGAUCGACGAGCUACAGCAAUGGAUGAGAUGAUCAAGGACCACGACCUAUUGGAUGGCAUCAAAGAAGCCAUUGAAGAUAGGCGUGGCGAGGUCGAGGCUCUCAACCAUCGUGUCCGUGCAGCUGAAGAAGAGUACGAAAAGACAAAGGAGGUUACGACAGCGCAGAAGUUAGCCUCUGAUGCACACAUCGAGAAGAUGGAGAAGGAGCUAUCUCGCAUGCGAGCCGGUUUAUCCGAGAAUGUUCAAAUCCUGGAACAGCGCGAAAUCAACACAACAAUUGAGUAUGAACAGCUUGUGCUACAAGCCAAUGCUCUUCGAGAGGAACUUCAUACGGAGAUUGACCGAAUGCUCAACGACGUGAUCAAGUUCAAGAUCCAUGUCCAAAAGAGCCUUGACGAUUACGAAGGUUUCGUGACAGAAGAACUCGAAAAGGAGCUCGGUAGCGACGAGAUGCAGGAAGACACUCGACAAAUGGAUAUGUGA